AUGUCAUAUACAAUCCACCCCACUCAACUCUCUCCCUUCCUCACUAAUGAGCAGACCCCACUCAUCAGCAUCUUCUUCCUCCUGGCGGGGGAGCAGGCGCGCCCCUCUCCACCCCCCUCUCUCCUCCUCCGCCCAAACCGAGGAUGCCCGCAGGGCAUCUCGCGCGCACUGGCGACUGCGGAGCUCGCGCUCUCGCACUCGCCCACGGCCCCACUUCUCUCCUCCUCCCGCCAUGGGAGCAAGCGCGCCCCUCUCUGCCCCCUUCUCUCCUCCUUCACCCAAAACGAGGCCGCCUACGGGGGAGCUCGUGUGUGCACCGGCGGUGGCCUUCUUACCGUCCUCAAGCCCCACCUUGACGCUGUCGUUGCUGGGAUUGAGCGCGAGCCCCUUCUCAUAGGCGGCGACGGCGCUGGCAGCGUCUCCAAGGCCGAUAAUGUCAAUGCAAGGUACCCAGCGCGUCUCAAGGAGACGAGGAAUGUCAACUCCCAGUGCCCUGGGGGCGGGGCUGCAGCUGUGCAAGCAUCCGGCAAUGUGACCAUUCCGUCUGCCGCCACGCUUGCCCACUGUCCCAAGAUGUGUGGCGACAUUAUCUUUGACUACCCGUUCGGCAUCGGCGCCGGCUGUUUCCGGGACCCUGACUUUGAGGUCAUCUGCAACCACAGCACUCAGCCCCCAAGGCUCUUCCUCAACGACGGCGACACCGAGCUCGUUGACGGCAUCUCUUUUUCUUUACCCGCUAAUAGUUUAGACGUCGCCUUUUCUCGGUCAAUCCCCAUGAUUUCCGACAUCGAUGUGUACAACGUGUCAUGGACAGCACCUGGCCGAUCUUUUGUCGCCUCGCAAAUACAACUAAACUUCACUGGCUGUGACUUCGAUAUAUAUUGGCUGCGUGACAUUGACUCAAGGGCUUUGGUAUGUGCGGUUACCUGCCCUAGCGAAGGGAUCACGGAGACCAUUGCAAGGCAAAGUUGCGAUGGCAUCGGGUGUUGCAGUAGUACAUUUCCAACAGGUGGUAUUUCAAGCUUGAAGUUCCAGUUCGUCAGGCGCAACAGCAAGGUUGAAGGUCACGCAAGAACUGAAGGGAGGACUAAUCGGAGCUCUCUAUGGGACAGAAUCAGCGUUGAAACCUAUUUUAUGUUGCUUUCUUGGGGUGUCGUGUUGGAUCAACAACCAGAUUGUGCCGCGGCGGCAAAGAACAAAACCAGCUAUGCUUGUGUCAGUGAGCACAGCACAUGCACAUAUGAAUUGAAUGGAAUGUACCCUUCAUACAUGUGUAAGUGCCGUGAUGGGUAUAAUGGCAAUCCUCAUGUGCUUGGUGGCUGCUUGCCUGGGUACAAUCCAAAUCCACAGAAGGUGAACUGUAGCCGAUCAUGUGGGAACAUCAGUGUUCCAUUCCCUUUCGGUCUGGAAGAAGGCUGCUCUGCGAGGGAAGAAUUUCUGCUCAACUGCACUGACGCGGUGUCCUCCACGCUUAUGUAUGGUUGGGAUCAAUACGUGUCGGAAAUCAAUGUUGGCAAAGGCAUCAUGGCCAUUAGUUCUGAUGCUUUUCCAGUUUUCGGUACUCUCUACGCUCAGUCUACAGCCCCUCAAGAUUUGCACUGGGCGGUAGCCAAUCAGAGCUGCCAACAGGCGCAACAGGAUAUCUAUGCAUAUGCAUGUGUUAGUGCAAACAGUACAUGCUUGGGCGUCAACUCAACAGAAAAAUUCGUUAGUAAUACCUACGUUGGCUAUCGAUGCAAAUGUGUGGAUGGCUUUGAUGGAAACCCGUAUAUCCUGAACGGUUGCCAAGAUAUUGAUGAAUGUGAAACAACGCCAGGCAUUUGCGGAGGGCCCUGCCGCAAUACCGUAGGAGGUUAUUACUGUACAAAAUGCCCUGGCAAAACACAAUACUAUGACACAACAAAGAAGCAGUGCACUCAAGCAAAAAGGCAACCAAGUCUUCUGUUUGGUAUUGUUAUUGGGUUUGGUGCUGGCUUCGGAAUUCUACUUCUUGGCUUGUCUACCCUACUCUUUGCCAAUAGAUGGAGAGGAGAAGUCGAAAAGAAGCAGCGUAGGAAGAAUUUCCUGGAGAACCAGGGACUUCUAUUAGAGCAAUUAAUAUCAUCAGAUGAAAAUGCUAGUGACAAGACAAAGAUAUUCUCUUUGCAAGAGCUCGAAAAAGCCACAAACAACUUUGAUAACACACGUAUCCUUGGUCGUGGUGGGCAUGGUAUGGUUUACAAAGGCAUCUUAUCUGAUCAACGUGUGGUGGCUAUAAAAAGGUCAAUGAUAAUCAAGCAGAGUGAGAUCAAUGAAUUCAUCAAUGAAGUUGCCAUUCUUUCCCAAAUAAACCAUCGAAAUAUCGUAAAACUAUUUGGUUGUUGUCUGACUUUGUUCCCACUAUUGGUAUAUGACUUUGUUCCCAACGGUUCACUAUACCAAAUUCUUCAUUCGGCUACAAGUAGUGGCUUCCUUUUGUCUUGGGAUGAUUGUCUAAGAAUUGCAACAGAAGCUGCAGGAGCUCUUUCUUAUCUUCACUCCUCAGCUUCAGUAUCAGUCUUCCACCGUGACGUUAAGUCAUCUAACAUACUCCUUGAUGCAAACUACACUGCCAAAGUUUCAGAUUUUGGAGCUUCAAGAUUGGUUUCUAUUGACCAAACACAUGUCUCUACGCUUGUACAAGGCACAUUGGGCUACUUAGAUCCAGAAUAUUACCAUACUGGACACCUUAAUGAAAAGAGUGAUGUCUACAGUUUCGGGGUUGUGCUUCUAGAGCUGCUGCUCAGGAGGGAGCCUAUUUUUACAAGUGAGUCAGGCUCAAAACACAACCUAUCUAGUUACUUUCUUUGGGAAUUCAAGACAAGGCCAAUCAAGGAGAUAGCUGCAACUCAAGUUCGAGAAGAAGCAAGUGAGGAAGAGAUUAAAAGUGUCGCCUCCCUUGCGGAGAUGUGCUUGAGGCUUCGAGGUGAAGAGAGACCUACAAUGAAGGAAGUUGAGAUGGCAUUGCAAACCAUGCGAGCAAAAAGGUUCAAGUCAUACCAAGCCGCUCAUGAGAAUGGUAAAGAGAUGCAUGGGUUGAUACGUUUAAGAGCUAAAGAUAGUAGUGAUCAUUCAUUUGCUCAAGUUGGCUAUAGUGUGGACCAACCAAGCCAAAGGUGGUGCAGUUUGGAGCAAGAGUUCAUAUCAUCUGGGGGGGUACCUCGAUAGAAACAUACGUGGACUCCUGAAUGUGGUCCACUUUCAGCUAUUAAUCCACAAUAUCCCACUGAAGUGCAUUGCCCUUUGUACUUUGAUGUAUCUGCUUUGGUUGUCCUUUUGGAUAUGUUGUACAGUAUAUUAUUUUUUUUCCUAGCUAAGCACCCCGUGAUGUAUUGUAUUCUUACCUUGUUUUGGCACUAAUUUGCUGUGAGAUGCAACACGCCAUCAAGACAGGUAAGCCCAGUUGCACACUUGCU